AUGUGUAAAUUUAGAAUUCUAGGUGUUUUAGGCGAUCAAUCGGUUGGUAAAAGUGGAUCUUACCAUGAUAAGCAGCAACAAUUUUGCCCGCUGUAUUGGGAUCCCAUCUGUGGCAGUAAUUCUCAAACCUAUCGUAACCGAUGUCAAUUUGAAAAAGCCAAGUUGUAUUACCAACAACAUCAAAGCCAAUCGAUCCCAACGAUAGCCUAUUUGGGCACAUGCCGAAACCGUUCUAAUGCAUUAAGUCAUAUUAUUCAUGUUGAAUGUCCAUUGCAAUGUUCAUCGACAUCAUUCCGACCGGUAUGCGCUUCUAAUGGAGUUACAUUUAUUAACAAUUGCUAUUUAAAAAUGUUCAGUUGUCAAUUAGCUCGACAUGGUCGAUGGCUAUUUCAGUCACACCAUGGCCCUUGUCUGGGCACAGAAUUAACAUCGCCUUGCGAUCAAAAUUGUAGUUAUGCACAAAUGGCUUUAGUACGUGAUCGUAGUGGUCAUCAACCACGAGAUAUACCUAUAUGUACAAGCCAUGGCCAUCUUUACCUAGAUCCUUGCCAAUUUAAAAAAUCCAUGUGCCAUUUAAUUCAGCAUCAUUCUAUCCAUACAUCAAGCAAUCAACAUCGAGAAAUGAUAUUCUAUGGACGAUGUAGUUCAGUUUCUGAAUUAACUGGUAUUGAUUUUAUUACACAUUAUAACCAAGACGAUCAAAAGCAUAACGGGAAAACAUUGGCUGUCCAUUGUCGACAACAUUGUAUCAAUACUAUUAUGCCUGUUUGUAGUCAAAAUGGCCGAGAAUAUCCUAAUUAUUGCCAAUUGAAAAAAUGGUUUUGUAGGAAUGGUAGUCGCCAACAUCCAUCCACUUUAUCAUUAUCGACUAUUCAACAUUGGCAUAGUUGUAAUACAAGUCAAUUAGAAAGAGUUAAUGAGAUUAAUUAUCAGUGUCCAAAAUCUUGUCGAGUAUCCUACGAUCCAGUUUGUGGCUCUGAUCAACGGGUUUAUAUUAAUUCAUGUUUUAUGAGAAUGGAAAAUUGUUCACGAUCCAAUUCACCCGAUAGGCCUAAGAUUUAUUUAACUCGAUGCCAUGCUAUGAAUUAUGAUAACACUCUUGAAUCGGAUGGAUUAAAGGAUAGCAUUAAACCAAAACAAUAUCUACUCCAUGAUGCCCAACCUUUUUCGCCGCCUUCCAAAUGCCCAAUAUGUGAAAAUACCUAUCAACCAGUAUGCUCUAGCGAAAAUAUCAAUUAUGUCAAUCGAUGCAUAAUGAACGCAAUUUAUUGCCGAUUUGGAUGGAAUAUAACCAAUGCUAUCAAAUAUCAUUUUGCAUGUCCUGAAGCUCCAUUAACUUCGUAUAAAAACUGCUGGCGUAAGUGUGGUACUAAAGGCGCCUUAGUAUGUGCUAGCGAUGGCACUAUGUAUAUUAAUCGAUGUAAUUUUAAAAUUGAUAAAUGUGCAGCUGAAAUAAGGGAUAAAAAAACCAAAUUGCGCGUUAAUUAUUAUACUAAAACUUGCCAUCAUCCAGUCUAUACGAAAGUCAAGCGUUGCCAGACUAAAUAUAAUUGUCAAAGCAAUACAACUUUUGCACCCAUUUGUGCAACCACAGGUGAGACUUUUGUCAAUUUUUGUGCUUAUAAAAUUGCAUCGUGUGUUCAUAAUCGCAAUUUACCUAAAUGGAAGAAAAAAAUGAAAAUUGCUUAUCAAGGAAGAUGCGCACCUGGCUGCGAUCUAACGGAUAAAAAACCAGUUUGUGGCAACGAUGGUAGACUUUAUUAUAAUUUAUGUGUUUAUCAAUAUGAAAGAAGACGCCAAUUAUUAACGUAUAAUAAUGCAUUGCAAUUGGAUAAACACUAUCGAUGCUUAGACCCUAUUUGCUCGGUCAAAUGUAAUAAGGAAGAAUAUUAUCAAUCCAAGCAAAUUUGUGCUAGUGAUGGAAAAUGGUAUUUCUCACAAUGCCAAUUUAUCAUUGCAAAGUGUAAAGCAAGUAAAUUAAAAAAGUCGAAAUUAAAGGUUGUACGUAAAAGUUUUUGUAAGCCAUUAAUCAAUCCAACAACGAUAUUGCCAAGCACCAUGCCAACCACGAUAUUGCCAAGUACCGUGCCAGCAACACAGCCUAUUAAUACUAAUUUGCCAAUAGCGACUAUAGCAAGUACUAAACCUUCAAAUGGUUUAGCGACCAAAAUUCCAUUACCUAGCGUUCUUUGUAAGAGUUUCUAUCGAUGUAAAGUCAAUAAAGUGAAUCCACUCUGUGGUAGUAACGGCCAAACCUAUAGCAAUAUCUGCUUUAUUCGAUUAGCUAAUUGUACUUCCCGUUAUGUCAUUAAUAUCGCUUAUCGUAAAGGUACUUGUCAACAAGCUUGCCAGCAAAGCUGUAAAUCAUCAAAUUCAACGAAAGAUAAUCAACCCAUAUGUGCUAGUAACGGCCAAACUUAUUCCAAUCAAUGCCAAUUCCAGACAGCUGUAUGUCAAGCAAAAUUGAAAAAGAUUGAUAUUACCAAAAUGUAUAAUGGUCAAUGUGAUCACGAUACUCUUCUAUGUGGCCAUGAAUCCAAAUGUAAGAGUGAUCAAUCGCAACCAAUUUGCGCUAGUGAUGGAAAAACUUAUUCUAAUCUAUGCUAUUUUACAAUUGCACAAUGUAAGAAGAAAAUUAAUAGUAAAAAUAAACAAGAAGCAGCAUUAUCGAUUAAAUAUACGGGAAAGUGCUUAGUAAAGUGUCCAAAUAAUUGUGGUACUAAAGAUGAACCAAUCUGCGGUAGCGAUGGUGUUCUCUAUCUUAAUCGAUGCCAACUUCGUUUUGCUCGUUGUUAUGCCGCCAAUCAUCACAAUAAGAAAGUGAAAGAAUUAAACGAUACUCAACAAUGUACUAUUAGUCAAAGAUGUUUGAAAAAAGCAGAAGCAUUCAAGAAUGCAAAAUCUGAUGUUAUAUGCGCUUCUGAUGUUAAAAUUGUCAGUCAUGGAAAAUGCCCAAUUAAAUGCCGUGAUAUUAAAUGUGAUGCCUUCCGUCAUAGCCAUCCAAUUUGUGGGAAGAAUCAAUUUGGUAAUCAAAAUUUUCCAAAUUGGUGCGAUUACUACAAAGAAAAAUGUUUAAAUCCGUCUCUACAAUUUGUUAAAUAUGGUGAAUGUGAUCCUGCUGAUGAAGAUCCCGUUCAACAAGUCGAUUACUGUAACUGUCAAUUUAAUUGCGAUAGUAAUCAAAAAGCAACUCUUUGCAAAGAUGGCCGACAAUGCAUUACCCCAUGCUUUUACAAAUCAUGCCAAUGUGGUACGCGCAAUAACAAUGUUUCCGUUGAAGAUUGUAUCGAAAUCUAUACUAAAAGUCAUUUGCUAUUAGAUAUUGAAUACUAUAUAAUUUAUAGUAGUAAUUCGCUUGCUGUCAUUGUUGCUACAAAUUAA